AUGCCGUAUGCACCCCCGGGAUGGCCGAACGCCGCGGGUCGGCCCCGCUACGAAUCGGCCAAUCGCGAACGCCGCGAGCGUGAGCACGACUGGGUCGAAGUACUCGACGAAGUGGACGACACCCACGCCACUCUGGACGCCCGGCAGGACCAAAUCCGGGGUGGUAGCGGCCCUAGAUACGGGCCCGGGGACCGAUACCCCCGGUAUGCUGGGACAUUAAGCCGACGGCGUGACACCCACAACCGGGGGCGGACAGAGCAUUCCCUGGAUCGGAUUCGGAUUCUGGAUCCGGAUCGGGACCUGGACCUGAAUCGGGGCCGGGUCUCGGACUGGGAACGCGACUUGCAUCGAUAUAGCGAACAGUACGAAGCCAUAAACCCCAACUCGUCCAACUCGGGAGUUCCCGGCCGUAACGUCAUAUACAACUUCGGCCCAGUGACCUUCCAAAACUGCAACUGCGCCUACGGCCCGCGGCCCUGGCACAUCCAUGGCCCCUUUGGACCCAGGCCCAGUCGAGGUCCGGGUCCGAAUCCGGGUGCCGGUUAUGAUCUCGGUCAUGAUCCCGGUUAUGAUCCCGGGCCGGGUCCUGGUUAUAGCCCCAGCCCCGGCCUCGGCCCCGACUUCCGUCCCCGUUCUGGUCCUGGAUGGGGUCCGGAUCCUGGUCUUGGCCCGGACCCAGCCCGCGUCGACCCCUUCUCUCGAUAUUCGCCCAGCUCUCCUGCCACUCCCGUCACUCCAACGGCCCCAGAAUCGCGCACCUCGUCGCACUCUUCCGAUUCCUCGAUGUUCGAACCCAUUCCCCCGCGAUGGAGUAACUCUGGUGAUGGUAGUGAGACCCCGAGCAUCUACGACCAUGACAAUGCUGCGAGCGACGAAUCCGAUGGGAUCGGCGCGAUCAAUUCGGGCUUAGCGGGAACCCAUUUCUACGACCACCCAGUUCCGGCGACCUCCCGUACGCCGGUGCCGCCGUACCCUGUGCAGCCCAAGUCGAUCUUGCGGAAUCGGUACCCGCGACCGCCGACUGGCGUGGGAGUGUCUUCGGAGGACGAAAGGCAACAAAGGAAGCGAGAGAAGGAAAGAAUAGAGAGGGAAAAGGAGCGGGAUCGAGCGGAACGUCACGAUACGCACCGCACCAAAAGCAGAAGCCGGAGCAGAAACCGGAGCCGGAGCCGGAGCCGGAGUCGAAGCAGAGACAAAACCAAAAGCCGCAAAUCAUCAUCCCGUCAGGCUGGCGACACAGACGGGGAAGCCGCCACCCACCGUACGCACAUGUGCAAAGUCUGUUUACUCCGCCGCCCAAUAAGCCGGUACAGCGACUACUGCGCGCCCUGCGAAGAGAUUGUGCGCGCACCCAAUCUCGGCGCGGCGUCGGCCUCCCGAGUCCGCCCGAUCCCCGAGCUCAGGCAAGAGGGAAGCUUUGUGCGGCAAUCGUCUACCCAUCGGCGGAGGAAUGGUAGUCCCGGUGCCAGUCUUAGGUAUGAGACUGGGACCAGGCGAGGAGGGGGGGGAGACGGGGGAGGAGCACAAAGCGGGGGUGGUGGACGAAAGGAGGGAGGACGAAAAGGGGGAGGACGGAAGAAGGGGGGAGAAAGGAAACUGUCCCAUGACCUGCUAGAAAAGAACGACCGGGAGCUGCGGGAGUUGGAAGAGAGCGAAGCGCUGGAUGAGCGGAGGCGGGAAGCAGUGGAGCGGCUGGAUCAGAAUAUAGCGAGGCUAAAAGACAUAGACCGGCGGUUGGGGCAGUGGCGAAUGCGGCAACCUUGGGCGGAGCAAACGUGA